CGCUCACAAUAUGGCGUCUAAGGUGGACGAAGAUUCCGAAGAAGGAAGAAAAUCUGUUGAAGAACGGUUGGAUGGGAAUAGAGAAAAAUAUGAACAGUGCGCGGUGGAAGAAGUUAGAAAAGAAGAACAUUUAAAAAACAGGUCUAAAUUUUCUGCGAACGCGCAGGUAGUUGAAGAGUUGUUUGACAAUGUUUCUGGAGAAGAUUCUGAAAGUGAAACAUUUCAAGAUGCAGUUGAGGAUUUAAAUGAAAAAAUUAACUCUUGUAAAGCGAAGUCGAGUGAAGAUACGAAUGAAGAAGAGAAAGAGGGAAAAAACGAGGUAGCGGAGGAAGAAGAAAGGUUAACACCUGAAGAAAAGGAGGUAAGGAUUUUAGAAUUCUUUGAGUUUCAAUUUAUACGGCCGUACAUGUUUCAAAAGAUUUUUUUUACAUUUUACAUACUGUUAUACAGCUUCAUCCACGCCUGUAAGCACAGUUUGACUCACGUUUAGUCAAGUCAUGCGGAUAUCUUGCCGAGAGAUGUUUCUGUUACAAAUAAUGAGUAACAGUAGUUAAUUUUAUCAGCUUAGCGCUUGCUUUGCAUAACAAGUGACAACUGAAGGCACAUUUGAUAUUAAAAAGGGUCAAGAUUGUAAGAUAAGAAUGGUAUAGGGGGUUCCAAAAAAUUUUACCACAAAUUAUGCGUAAUUAAAAAGUGUGCCAAUCUACGUUGUUGUACAAUUUGUAGAUUUUGUCUCAGAUUACCAGAGCUAUCUGAUAAGAAUAAGAACUUCAGCUUGGAUUUCUUUUUAUUGAUUAUGGGCACAAUCACUUUUCACUUUUUCUUUUACCUUGAUUUUGUUUUACUAAGGAAAGAAAAAUACAGGCACAGGAAUUUAAAGAAAAAGGCAAUGAUUAUUUUAAAAGAUCUGGUAAGUGAGUAUUUGUGGUAAGUGAGUAUUUGUACAAUGUACUUGUUAGCUAAUCAACACUAGAAAUUUUCUUGUGGAACUGUUAAAUGAUAUAUAGCACAAUUUUUUCCUCAAGAUAGGUAGUUUGGGGUCAAGAUCAACACUGUGCACUGUGUAAAAGUCUUGAUGUCAUCUUAAAUUUAGUCAAGACUCUAAACAGAAUUGACUAGAGUUACGUUAGACAUGUCUUUUUAUCUCAACCAUAUGUAAUAUUGAUGUGAUGUACUAGGGGUAUUUACUAGUCUAGAUCAUUGAUAUAGAAGUUAUUGAGAAGGAAAUUUAUCGGCCAUGACUUCUUGCCAUGUAAAUAUUUGAGGAUCAGGAAUGUUUUGCUAUAUCUGGAUAUGACUAAGUACAAAAGAUAUAUUUUUUAGCUUAUGAUGGUAACCUCCAGAUAUUUUUCGCAAGCAGGUGUAUGUUUAACAGCUUGCUAAUCACUUGAAAUGGGGUUAAUUUGGCUGCCAUACUUGUAUAUCGUACUCUGAGAUGAUAAAAUAACCCUUAUGAUCACUAGUAAAUUAAGACAUGUUCUUGAGGUAUUUUUGCAUUUCUAUUUUUAUUGCAAUAUGUACCAGUUAUCUGCAUGCCAAACAGAACAAAAUGUCAAGCCUUUAUUCUCUUUAGGACAAAGUUAUUUUAUUUAUACCAUUUUAUUUAAUGAAUAGUUAAAUUUAAAAGUUUUGUUUAGCAUAAAAACAGCGAUGCCAUCAAUCUUUCUAUCAGAUUUCAAGAAAAAAAGAAGAUACUGACAGUAAUGUUCUCAUGUACAGCUCCACUUACCAAAUAUCAAAAAUACUCUUUUUACUCUAUCAUCUUGUUUUAAUUUAUGAAUAUGAAUAUACAUGUAUGUUAAGGGCAUCAAUGUUUCAUUUCUUUUAUUUUUUAUUUAGAAUAUCCUGAAGCUAGAGAACUGUACACCAGUGCAAUAAAGAUAUGUCCAAGUGAUUUUACAAAGGAAAAAUCCAUAUUUUAUGCAAACAGAGCAGCCUGUCUGGUUAAAAUGGUAUGUUUGCUCCUUUGUGAGACCUAUAAUAUUAUGUAAUGAUUGGUUAUCAGAAAUAAUAUUAUGAUUUAUGGGAUAGGAUGCAUUGUGAGAAAGACUUCUGAUGAUUGCUGGGUAAUGAACACAAAAAGUUUUUUUGUUUGAUUUCUCUGCAAUAACACAGUGAUAUGUGCACUGUACCCAAUGUUAUUUUUUUCAUCAAGUUAUCUGUUAUGUACAGUAGGUAUAACUUUUACAGAUAAUAAUCUUGAUAUUUACGUGGGUUAGCCAUGCUUAACUUGAUACUAAUUCAAAGAAAUGUUUUUAUUUAUAGGAGCAACACAAAGAAGCAAUAGAAGACUGUACAAAAGGUAGAGAUUGUUGAUUUUACAUUUUAGUUUAUAAGUUUUUUUCUUCAAGUGUGGGUUAAGAAAAAUUUUAGUUAAAUUUUGUGACUGAAUGAAAGGUUCAAUUUUAUGAUUACCAGGUAUACUGUACUAACAAAAAAAAGUAAUAAUGAUACUGUCUUUAUACAAUGUACCUGCACUGUAAUACUUUGCAGAUGUUCUUUUACUAUGGACAUGCUUAAUUCCAAGUUCCUGCAUUAAUCUUGUGGGUUUUUUUUCUCUGUCUAGCCUUAGACCUAAACUCGGAUUACCUCAAAGUUAGACUCAGGAGAGCUCAGUGCUUUGAACAUGAGGACAGAUUAGAAGAGGCAUUAGAGGGUAAAAUUUAUUAGUAAAUUUGAGUGUAUCAUAUAUACAAGUGGAUGGUAGUAUAUAAUAUUUUGUAUUUUUAUUUUCAAGGAAGGAUGAUUGCCUAUCAAUUUAUUUUGUUUCACCACAACCAAUUUACCUAAAGGUUACACCUGGUUAAACCCCUUUCCCCAAGACCAUCUAAAAACUUAUUACCCUAUAUAACAAGCAUACAAUGCACAUUUUUUUGUGGCUAUUUGACAUGUGAAUUUAGUGUUAAAAGGAAUUUUUAAAUUGAGGCUUGCAAGUUAUUGGGGAUUGCUGAAUAUUCUCUUCUGGCAGGAAAAGCUUUCUUAGAUAAGAGUCCUCCCAAAACAAACUCAGGAAAAUGUUUUCUCACACAUUGUUGUGGCUUUUUUUUUUCAUAAAUUCUGUAUAAUUUUUACAAUUAUAAUGUCUGGUUAAAUCAUCUCUCCAAUUGAAUUAGUUUUGCAUUUCCCUCAAUUUUCACACCUUCUUCUCAAACAGUCAGGUGAGGAACCAAAACCCACCUUGACUUUGUUUGCGCAUUUGAAUGUUUCUUAGGCAGUUGGAUUGUUUUGAAUUUGAGUUCUUAUUGGCUUCUCCCUCAUUCUGAUUGUCCAUAUUGGUUUCCUUGGUUUUGGCAUUAUGGCACUCAAAAGAAAAACCCUUCUUUUGGUGGCAGUAUUUUUUAGAUUGCAUUCUCUAGUUUGGCUCCUUCUUUUUUUUUAUUGAAAAAGGCAUCGAGGGUGUAUUUCCCUGUUUCCAUUUGUAACCCAAGAAAAAUCCUGUAAAAGAUAAUAUUUUUAUUCUUAAGAAUGUAUGGUGAAAAAUGAAUUUUUUGAUCAAUUUGUUUCAAGAUUACCAGAAAGUGUUUGAUAUGGAUCGUUCAUCUCAUGUGGCAAGAGAAGCACUAAUGGUAAAUGAUUUUGUAUUGUCUACUGAAUGUUUACUAACUUGGAUGCAUCUGAGUGGCUACCAUAUAAGAAAGCUAUCUCAAUGUACCAUGAUUUUCACCUUACACAUACAUUGUCUAUAAUAAUCCUCAAACCAAGGAUUAACUACAAUUUAAACACUAUUUAGUCUAUUUACGAACUACUAAACACUAUUUAUUUGUCCUUAUAUGCUAUGUUUAUUACCUAUAUACUCCUGAGAAUCACAGACUUGUGAGAAUGGACAGACAAUUUGAUGUCAGUGAGAUGUUUACUUUCUUUUUUUUCUUUACUAUCUGAAGAGACUUCCUGAACAAAUAAAAGUCAAGCAUGAAAAAAUGAAAGAGGAAAUGAUAGGUAUGUGUUGAAAAAAGUUUUGAUGCCUUUCACAAGGUACUUGCACUUGCUGAAUAUUGUGUGCAUUGCGUAUCCCUUGCAUCAUGUGUCCAUUGCAAUAACAAUGAACACCAUGUACAAGUGCACAUCUUGCCAAAGUCAUCAAAUAGUUUCCCUACUUAAUUUUUGGGAAAUUUUAAAGAUUUGGAGUUGUGCGAGUUAUGACACAAACACAUGUACAGCAUGUAUUGUAUUUAAUGCAGUUAAAUGCAGUUUAACAGAGUUAACAACAAAGAGCAUUAGCAAUCUCUACGAGUCAGUAGUUUUUUGCAUAUGCACAUGCAUCAGAAUUCCAUGUGCUCUUUGUUUGAGGUGUUCUUGCAUGUGCUUUGUGUGUGAACUUGCGGUGUUGUGAGGAAUGCUAGCUCAUCAUCCAAGCAGUUUUUCCUACACCUUCCCUCUCUAUUUCCACUGUUUAUUCAAUGUGAUGGGUGCCUGUUUCUCUUUCUUGUGUGGGGGCUCAUGGCUGGGUUGCCAGAAUUUGCCAGCCAUGGAAAAAGUCUCCAUCUAGGUGCUGGCUGCCAAUAGUGGAAGCUCCUGGAUGUUUCAGGCACCCAACCUCCGCUUAGUGAUGCAGUUGUUAGUGCCAUUAAGUGCCCAACUUCAAAUAAGGGCCCACCUUAAAAAGGUGCCCACCCUGUUGUUAGGAAAGUUUAUUUACCAUACCUUAAGUCAGCAGAUUACAUGCAUUGGGGAAUAAACCCCCAUCUUGAAAACAAAAGUAAAUCAUGAAAAAAAAUAGCUAUAAGCUUAAUGAUGUUUGUGUGUUUUUGUUUAAAUGCAUGACAUGAACACUGCAAACUCAUGCAUCUAUUGUAUACUAUGUCAGUUUUUCAUUCUUUGUUGACAUUGUUUUCUUUUUUGUUUAGGGAAACUCAAAGAUUUAGGAAAUGUUUUUCUACGGCCUUUCGGCCUGUCUACGGACAAUUUCAAGGUUCAACAGGAUCCUAAUUCUGGAGGCUACUCGGUUAAUUUUCAAAAAUAAAUUAGAAGGCUUGAAUAAAGUUGAAGUAGACUGUCUAGAGAUUCUUCAAGCACAUCUACAAAUAGAUGGAAGAGAGUAGACAAGGGUAUAAAAUCAUGGACCGAGCUUUUCUCAAAUUAUUAAAAGACACAUCCAAGCAUGAACAUGUUAUCAUUGAGUCAAACAAUAAGGGAAAAUGGGUAAUAGCAGUGAAGAAAGGACUUGUGUUACAGCAGGCCUGCUUCAAGAUUGAAUUAUGAAAAACAGCUCCAAAAUAUUAGAAAGUUCAUUAUGCUUUUGGGACAUAUUGUGAUGGUAUAACAUGGCACUAAGAUAUGGCACUAUAUUAAGGCACCACAAUGUGGCACUUAGUUUUUUUAAUGAUGAUGUUUUUCAAGAGCAGUCUGGUAUAAUUAUAUUUUACUUUGUUACUUACCAUAGAAUUCUCGCCUCCUAUUUUGUUUUUCAAACAUGUGAUCACAGUUUGUUUCUGAAACAAAUUCAUAAAUGUUUUUCUGUGAUCCAAAAUCUGGUGUUAUUGUUGCAGUUUCAUUCCUGUUGAGGUAACACUUUUUACAAGCCUUUACCAAUUUGCUCAUACCUUUCUUGUUAUUUCCCUACUCUUUCUUUUCCUCCCUUGUCACUUUUCUCCCUGCCUUUUUCACUUUUCCCCCACUUUAUUAUCUCCAACUUUCUCCUUCUGUUCUCUCAGCCUACUUUCUUCUCUUCCUUCUGACCCUUCUCCUACAUAAUUCAUUGCCUCUCUCUCUCCUUUAUUUCUCUUUGCCUCAUGCCCUUACUUUCCUCCCUGCCUUUUUCCCUCUUCCCCCACAUUAUUCAACUUUCUCCUUCUGUUCUCUCAGCCUACUCUCCUCCCUUCCUUUAUUCAUUGCCUCUUUCUUCUCUAUUUCUCUCUGCCUCAUGCCCUUACUUUCCUCCCUGCCUUUUCUACUCUUCUCCCACAUUAUUAUGUUCAACCUUCUUAUUCUCUUCUCUCUGCCUACUUUCCUCCCUGUGUUUUCUACCCUUUCCCUUAAUUUUCUCUUUGUCUCCCUUCAUAAGUGUUGCACUGCCAUCUCAUUAAUUCACUCUUUAGAGUGAGGGACAUACAGGAAGAAUUGCAAACAUUGGUGGGCUUAUUGGUAAUUGAUCCCUUACUGUAGUAGUGUGUGCACGAGAUUAUAUUUUCUAAUGUUGUACUAGGUGUAUUACAUACAGUACCCUUUGGUACAUCUUUUUUUAUGUGUGGGAUGGAAAUCCUAAGACUGCGAAAAAUUAAACAGAUAGGAAAGGCAGUAGCUUUGGAUUUUAACAACUUCUCUCCAGAGGAACGAAUAUAGGAUUACAACUGCUUUAGUUAGAUCACACCAAAAAGUGUAUUUUAGUCUUAAAUUUCUG